GCCAAGCAGCCUCUUUGCUGUUAUUGGUGUGUGUAUAAGGCAACAUGUCUAGAAGCCACAGGGUUAAAGUGUGUUAGAGCAGGAGGAGCUUUAGUGUGAAGCUUGUCUGCUUGUGCUUCUUCGACCUUCCAUCCACUGCUGCACCAACCUGCUGAGUGUUGUUAUAGCCGGGCGUGUGUGCUGCAGUAAUAAGGGAAGGAGCCGCUCCGUUUGUCAGCUGAUGCUAAUUCUAAUUCUGCAUUCGUCUUCGUGUCUUCCAGCCAAUUUACUUCUGAUAGAAACAUGUCAACGAGACAAAAAGUGCAUGGACGAAAGUGUGGAUACCUCAUCUAAUUGUGUCUGGAUUUACAGGAAAGCAAACGUUGAAUAUGAUGUCGGCCCAUCCUCUGCAGCUAUAACAGCUUCAACUCUUCUGGAAAGGACAGACACUGAUGGAACAGAAGGCCUCACUCUCCAUUUUAAUUCAUCCCAAAGGUGUUCUGUCCAGAGCUUGAAGUUGAGUCUCUGAAGAGAAGCCCAGUAUCUAACAGUGUUCACCAUCCUGGUGUAAACAGUGUAUCAGUGUGGAUGCUUAGAGACACUCAGCUGAAUGACAUCACAUGGCUGCAAAUGCAAGGUGAGGUUUGGGCUGGCGAUUUUGAACAGCACAGCAUCUUAAGUCACAUCUUAUGGAGGUCAAAGGUCAUCUGAUCACUGCCAUGGGUUUAGGGGUUCCUGAAGUGCAGUGUGAGGACAGUAAGGCGCAGGCUGAGCGGAUCUCGGAGCUGCAAGAGAAAAAGCAAACUCUGCAAACACUCCUGAGUAGCCGACUAGGGGAACUGCGCCAAGUGUGUCUGCUGGAGGCGGAGCUGACGGGAAAGCUGUCACGUGACUUUCCACUUGAAGUUGGAGAAAGACCCCCAUUUGUUCAGCGCCGAGCUGGACUGGCCCCCAUCGCCCCCACCAAACCAGAAGAUGACCCAGGCCAGCGCAGACAGAUGAAGACACUCUUUAGUGGUGCCCUCCGCAGGAACAUUGAGUCCGACAAAAACACACUUCACAACAAGAGGACUGUUCACCGCGGAUGUCACACAGAGGAGACCGUUAAGUCAGAGAGCAGCUCCAUGUCAGACUCAACUCAGUCCCAGGACAAUGAGAACUCGUCUCCAAGUGUCUUUCCAGAGCAGCGUUCCCUUUCUCAUCCCAGGUUGGCCCCGGGGAGCCCAGAGAGCCGCCUCAGCAGGAAACUCUCUCCAGUGGAGAUUUACUAUGAGAUGAGAACUCGAAGGAACUCUGCCUCUAGCUCUAUCAGCCCAAGCCACUCCUUGCCCCGAAGUGCAUCAAAUGUGGAGGGUCGGAGCGUUCCAGCCACUCCCCUCCUAUCUAGAACUGCACCAAUCAGCAUUCACAUGAGGUCCGAUGUAUCCAGCGGUGCAGUUCUAAAGUCAUGGGGUGACAGUCCAGAUGGUCCUCAGUUUGUGCAAUUAGCAUCUCUGGAGAGCUCUUCAUCUUCUUCUGAGCGCCGUGGCUGUCCUUACAGUUCACGUGCUCGCCGCAGUAACAGCUCAGAGGCGUUGCUGGACCGUUCCAACCUUCCUGAGUCUGCACCCCCUCGAAAUGGCAUGCCGUCAAGAGCUGGACCCUAUAAAAGUUCAGAAUCCCUGACAGAUGGAAAGCUCAGACAGAUGUAUCGUGGCAGUCCAGAGAGGCAGCUUGGUGGGUCUAAAGAGCAGCAGGGUCGUAUGCGCUCAUCAGUAGGCGGAAGAGGCAGUGGCCUGGGAUAUAACGAGAUUUUAAUGGACUACAUUUGGGGCAAACAGCAGAAGCGGCCGGUACAGCCCCAGCAGCAGCAGCAGCCAGCAGGACGUAUAUGGCCUGAUCUUUCCUCUUUUCCAGUGUCUGUGUCUGGCACCCCUCCACACUACAAUGGUUUCUCCCAUUCCCAAAUCCACCUGGCUUCAGCCCCACCCCCUUACAGCCCCAUGCUCAUGCGGGACCAGCAGGCUGAACCUCGACGGGUUAAAGUCACUCGGACCAAAUCCUGUGGACCCUUCAUUCCACUCCAACAGCACCCCCAAGACCCAGUCCUCCUCUCCGCAUACGAGCCCCCACACCCUUCCCCUGGCUCCACUGCCACUACUGAGCUGCCUGCUGCGUUUGCCCGCAGACUUGCACCAUUCUCCCUCCCUUCGCCAGAUGACUCCACACGCAGUCUGCACAAGGCACUGGCACUGGAGGGUCUGCGGGAUUGGUACCUGAGGAACGCUCUUGGUUACAGUGCCCAGAAGGGGCAUGACGGCCUACCCCUGCGCCACACACACCACCUGCUGCACCAGCCACAGUCUGUCCCCCUGGACCCGCUGUACACACACCCACACAUCCCACAGUCUGCAUCCUUCCAUGGACACCCACUGCAUGGCAGAUCUGUGGAGCUUUCUCUCUACCCAGAACCAUUCCCCUCCCAGGAGAAUGUCCAAAAAGAGUCCAGCUCGGACCCUGCUGCACCAGGAACACUGGUCUAAUUCCAGCUGACAAUAAAAAACAUCCAUAUUGUUAUCUGAAAUCACUCAAGAUAAAAGGAGAAGGUUCCAGAAACAACAUGGAGCUCAGAUUUUAUCGUCAGGACCAUAAGGAACAGUGAUGAGUUUGGUCAUAAGGUGUUUUGCCCUACCAUACAAAUAUAUAUAUGUAUACUUAUGGAAUAAUAUUAUAUUGCAGAGAUACAUUUGCAUAUGAUUUGGGCAUUACAAAAUACAAAGCUCAUCCUCUUUUCAUCUUCAGAUAUAUAUUUUCGCAAAAUAUAUAAAUUGUAUGUAUCCAGAAUUGCUAUUUUGUAAGUAAUAUGGUUUAGGUGAAGUCAUCUAAAAAAAGAGAUAUAAAUCUAUAUAGAAUUUAAUGAACUCAUGCAUUUAAAUGUAUAAUAACAGCUGUGAAUGUGUAGCAUACCUGUUGGUUUAUAUAUCUAUAUAUGUAGCUAUUAAAAGUUCGAUGUACUAUUGAACACAAUCUGUAACAGAGAGAACCUCAAUAAUAGGGGAAAAGAAAAAAAGGGAAAAUGAAACAUAUGAAACAUAACAGGCUGACAGUUUAAGCACGAAUGCUUACUACGGAUGUCCUGAUCCAGCUUCUUUGUGUUUUCAUAGAUAAUACAACAUAUAACGUAAUUAAGAUAUCAUUGCUGUCCAGAAAGAAACAAGUAUCUCUAAUUUUUGCAACUUUUAGUUUUCUGCAUAAUUUGUAAGGCAGCAGAAGAACGGUUUUGCCCUUUCCUGUUCUUUGUUUCUAUUUUGUACUUGUUUUUCUUUGGACAGUAAUGGUAUGUUCCAAUUAAUACUUCAGUAAAAUAACUUUUUUUUAGUGCAUGCAUGAUGUGACAUUCUGGACUCAUGUGUUUUGUAUUUUUCGAAAACCUUUUUUAAUAACCAUUUUAUAGUGUGCAUAUUAUUCACUUGUGUUGACCUACCUGCUUAUUUGCAUACAAUCUUUAAUAUUCUGCAGCAAAAUCACUUCAUUUUUUUAUAUGAAUCAUUCUAAUGAAUUGGUUCAUCAAACACACUUUGGACUUUUAACUGACUUAGACUUUAGAUUAAAAUCCUUUUUACUUUGAAUGGCCUCAAGCCUUAAUGUUUAUUUUAGUAAAAUAAAUGAUUGAACAUUCCUUUAGUCACUACCAAAACAAUCAACACUAGUGAAACUUUAACAAAUGUUUCAGUAGAGCUGAUUUUAGCUAAUUUUGAGCAUAAAUCAAAAUGCUCUGCAGUACAUGAGUAAUAGACAUAGCUUUGAACAGUUUUGCACACAUAAAAAAUAUUAAAUAUUUUAUUAAAACAAGACUGUAUAGCACAUGUAUUUCAAAACAACAGGAUUUUGCUUUUAUGUAGCCAAGACAGGUAUGCAUUUCCUGCUCUAAAAUACAGGGCUGUUACUAAAAUAAGGCUCUACCUAUGGACUAAAACUUUUUGUGUAUUGAUUUUCACAAGAUGCAAUUUAGGGAUUAGCGUUUAUUUAGCUUACUACUAUCUCAACGCCUUGGUUUAAAAUAGAUCAUAACAUAAUCCUUGUAAAUUUCUAUGGUCUGAAUACCUAGUAGUUUUUUAAUGUACUGCAUGCCUGCAGU